AUGGCGGAACAGCCAGGGGCGCAGCUGGCCCUGCUGGCUUCUUCGGGUAAUGGCCGCCGCGCUCUGCUGUCUGCUGAAGCCGCGCCCCCGUUCGACAUUUGGAUGAACGCAUGCGAUGAUAUCCACGAGCGUUUUGGCCGAGACACGCCAGAAGAGCAGCUGUUCGAGUUGUGCAAUAAGUUUUGGUCCUUGCCAGAUAUGACAUUACCUUUCUUCGGCGCGGGGAAGCCGUUGGUCUCUCGCCGUCCCCAGAACGACCGUGGAGAUUACGGGUCGCGUGUAGGCCUCAUGAAAUCAAUCCAGUCUCUGGGGCUCUUGCGGAACAUUCGGUCGCCCCUGUUCUUGGUUGAGAAGUCAGCUGGGCAGGAGUAUCUCAGCUGGCAUUGGGCCACUACCAUCGAGGCGCUGUGCAUGGCGUGCGAGACGACCCCCGAGAACAGAUUGGAGUACGGCAACAAGGGCAAUGACCACAUCACGAAGAAGACGAUCAUGGAGUGCCACCGAGAGGCCACGAGGAUCGAGAAGGCUUGGGAGAGGCGCAAGAAAGAUAUGCAGUGGACGAUCGCGAGCCUCACCUACGCCGUGCACGAGGAGAAGAUGCACGAGUUCGCCUGCUCAGUAUUACCUGGCCGCUUCGAUCGGCCUCGGCAUUUCGAGGUGUGCUUGCACGUCGCCAAGGAGAGCCAGAAGGUCGUCAUUGAGGGGGGGCCCGGCAAAGGCUUCACCUGCUGGCAGGCUUUGAAGAAGGCCGUGAAUGCGCACUGCGACUUGUCGCGCCCCGCCGCCUGUUCGUUCGCGAGUAUCUUCGUCGACGUCUACCGCGUCUUCCGAAAGCUUAGGGCCGAGCGCGCCGAGUACUUCGCUGAUGUGUGCCUCCUGAUGCUGCCGGUUGCUACACCCUUGAGGAAGCGCGUGCUCUUGCCGGGGGGCUUAGGCGCAGUCGCAGUGGCAAAGGUCGCCGAGGCCUCCAUCGACGCGCUCCUCUUGGAGAUGGACGACAGCAAAGAAAGCUCUCCACGAUGCGGUGGCAGCCGCAUCUGCGCUGGCUGCUGA